AUGGCAGGCGGUGGAGCUCCGAAGGCAGAUGAGCCAGCGCCACAUCCACCAAAGGAUCAGCUCUCACAAGUUUCCUACUGCAUUAACAGUCCUCCUCCAUGGCCUGAGGCCAUCCUUCUUGGAUUUCAACAUUACUUGGUGAUGCUUGGCACAACAGUUAUCAUACCAACUGCUCUGGUUCCUCAAAUGGGGGGAGGAAAUGAGGAGAAAGCAAAAGUUAUUCAGACUUUGCUAUUUGUUGCUGGUGUGAACACCUUGCUGCAGACAUGGUUUGGGACUCGAUUACCUGUGGUGAUUGGAGGGUCGUACACCUUUGUGGCUCCCACUAUAUCAAUUAUCUUGUCUGGUCGAUGGAGUGACCCAGACCCUAUAUCGAGAUUCAAGAAGAUAAUGCGGGCCACCCAGGGAGCACUUAUUGUUGCCUCAACUAUUCAAAUAGUCCUAGGUUUCAGUGGUCUUUGGCGUAACAUCACAAGGUUUCUGACUCCACUCUCGGCUGUUCCCUUGGUUGCUUUUGCUGGUUUUGGGCUCUAUGAGUUCGGUUUUCCUGGGGUUGCCAAAUGUGUUGAAAUUGGAUUGCCGCAGCUCAUCAUUCUAAUUUUUGUAUCUCAGUAUUUGGCCCACAUUAUACGCCCAGGAAAGCAUAUCUUUGACCGUUUUGCUGUUAUAUUCUCGGUAGUAAUUGUGUGGAUUUAUGCCCAUUUACUUACUGUGGGUGGGGCCUACGACAACAAGGCACCGAAGACCCAAGCAAGCUGCAGAACUGAUCGUGCUGGACUUAUUAAAGGUGCUCCAUGGAUAAGAGUUCCAUACCCAUUUCAAUGGGGAGGGCCUUCAUUUGAUGCUGGUGAAGCCUUUGCCAUGAUGAUGGCUGCAUUUGUUGCUCUUGUGGAGUCCACUGGUGGCUUUAUAGCAAUUUCAAGAUACGCCAGUGCAACCCCCUUGCCGCCAUCUAUUCUCAGCCGUGGUGUAGGUUGGCAGGGCAUUGCUAUCUUAUUAUCUGGAUUGUUUGGAACUGGGAAUGGGUCAUCUGUAUCUAUUGAAAAUGCUGGCCUUUUAGCACUUACACGUGUUGGCAGUCGGAGAGUUGUGCAGAUAUCUGCUGGAUUCAUGAUCUUCUUUUCCAUUCUUGGAAAAUUCGGAGCAGUUUUUGCUUCAAUUCCAGCACCAAUUGUAGCUGCUUUAUACUGUCUCUUCUUUGCUUAUGUGGGUUCGGCUGGUAUAAGUUUCCUUCAGUUCUGCAAUCUCAAUAGCUUCCGGACCAAAUUCAUAUUAGGCUUUUCCCUUUUUAUGGGCUUGUCCGUGCCGCAGUACUUCAACGAGUACACUGCGAUUAAUGGCUAUGGUCCAGUCCAUUCCUCAGGGAGAUGGUUUAACGACAUAAUCAACGUCCCUUUCUCUUCCGAAGCUUUUGUUGCGGGGAUAUUAGCGUAUUUCCUUGACAAUACUCUACACAAGAAGGACAGCCAAAUAAGGAAAGACAGAGGCAAGCAUUGGUGGGACAAAUUUCGCUCCUUUAAAACCGACUCAAGAAGCGAAGAAUUUUAUUCUCUUCCCUUCAAUCUCAACAAAUAUUUCCCUUCUGUGUAA